GCAGCAGCAGCUCAGAUGGUAAAGAAUCUGCCUGCAGUGCGGGAGACCUGGGUUGGGAAGAUCCCCUGGGGGAGGUCAUGGCCACCCACUCCAGUGAUCUUGCCUGGAGAAAACCCAUGGACAGAAGAGCCUGGUGGGACCGCCGAGACCGCGUCCGCUCCGCCAGCACAGGCCUCUCGCCUUGGCCGCUCCGCCUUCGCCGCCAGCCGACACCGCAACCAGUUCGCCACGGAUGAUGAUAUUGCUGCGCUCGUGGUCGACAACGGCUCCGGCAUGUGCAAGGCCGGCUUCGCGGGCGACGAUGCUCCCCGGGCCGUCUUCCCCUCCAUCGUGGGGCGUCCCCGGCACCAGGGCGUGAUGGUGGGCAUGGGCCAGAAGGACUGCUACGUGGGUGAUGAGGCUCAGAGCAAGAGAGGCAUCCUGACCGUCAAGUACCCUAUCGAGCAUGGCAUCGUCACCAACUGGGACGACAUGGAGAAGAUCUGGCAUCACACCUUCUACAACGAGCUGCGUGUGGCCCCCGAGGAGCACCCCGUGCUGCUGACCGAGGCCCCCCUGAACCCCAAGGCCAACCGUGAGAAGAUGACCCAGAUCAUGUUCGAGACCUUCAACACCCCCGCCAUGUACGUGGCCAUCCAGGCUGUGCUGUCCCUGUAUGCCUCUGGCCGCACCACCGGCAUCGUGAUGGACUCCGGUGACGGAGUCACCCACACUGUGCCCAUCUACGAGGGGUACGCCCUCCCCCACGCCAUCCUGCGUCUGGACCUGGCUGGCCAGGACCUGACGGACUACCUCAUGAAGAUCCUCACGGAGCGUGGCUACAGCUUCACCACCACGGCCGAGCGGGAGAUCGUCCGAGACAUCAAGGGGAAGCUGGGCUACGUUGCCCUGGACUUCGAGCAGGAGAUGGCCACUGCGGCCUCCAGCUCCUCCCUGGAGAAGAGCUACGAGCUGCCGGACGGGCAGGUCAUCACCAUCGGCAAUGAGCGGUUCCGCUGCCCCGAGGCUCUCUUCCAGCCUUCCUUCCUGGGCAUGGAAUCCUGCGGCAUUCACGAAACUACCUUCACUUCCAUCAUGAAGUGUGACGUCGACAUCCGCAAGGACCUCUACGCCAACACGGUGCUGUCUGGCGGGACCACCAUGUACCCUGGCAUCGCGGACAGGAUGCAGAAAGAGAUCACUGCCCUGGCAUCCAGCAUGAUGAAGAUCAAGAUCAUCGCGCCCCCUGAGCGCAAGUACUCUGUGUGGAUUGGCGGCUCCAUCCUGGCCUCGCUGUCCACCUUCCAGCAGAUGUGGAUCAGCAAGCAGGAGUACGAUGAGUCCGGCCCCGCCAUCGUCCACCGCAAGUGCUUCUAGGCGGACUGUUGGCUGCGUCACACCCUUUCUCUUGACAAAACCUAACUUGCGCAGAAAACGAGAUGAGAUUGGCAUGGCUUUAUUUGUUUUUUUUUUUUUUGUCUUUUUUUAUUUUUUAU